AUGUCACAAUUAUUCGAAUGGGCUUUCGGCAAAAAGCUUACUCCACAAGAGAGACUUCGAAAAAAUCAAAGAGCACUUGAAAAAACACAACGAGAGCUAGCAAGAGAGACAACCAAGCUUCAAAGUCAAGAAAAGAAGCUAGUAGCCGAUAUCAAAAAAUCUGCUAAACAGGGCCAGAUAGCAAGUGCUAAAUUACAGGCUAAGGAUUUGAUUAGAACUAAAAAUUAUAUCGUGAAGUUCAAUUCGAUGAAAGCUCAAUUGCAAGCAAUCCUGUUGCGUAUUCAAUCAGUACGCAGUAAUCAGCAAAUGGCAACGUCUAUGAGAGACGCUACAAGAUUAUUGUCGGGUAUGAAUAAGUCCAUGAAUUUACCCCAAUUAUCACGAAUCGCUCAAGAAUUUGCAAAAGAGAAUGACAUGAUGGAUCAAAAGCAAGAAUUUAUGGACGAUGCAAUAGAUGAUGCAAUGGCGGAAGAUGAUGAGUUAGGUGAAGAUGAACAAGCCGAUGAAAUAUUAAGUAAGGUAUUAGACGAAAUUGGAGUUGACUUAAACACAAGCUUGCAAGAUACCCCAAGCCAAAUAAACGUCCAAUCGCCGGAUAGAGUUGAUAACGGCAGGGUGGCAGAAGCGAUUGGGGGCCCAAGUAAUAACGAGGAAGACGACUUACAAGCGAGGUUGGAUAAUUUAAAGAAAUGA